CACAAUACAUCACACCUUACCAUUCACAGCAAAAAAAAUGCUACGAACAUCGCUAAAUCUGUACGCCAAACGCUCACUACGAGUGCACCAUGUGCAGCUGUCGAGCAAAGCAUAUCCGGUCCGUGCCUAUGCCAGUGCGUCGGAUACUGCGAAUUUGAACACACAUUUGGAGCAGAGCGAUCCAGAGGUGUAUGAUAUCAUUCAAAAUGAAAUGCGAAGGCAGCGGGAGAGUAUUGUCCUGAUCCCUUCCGAGAACUUCACUUCCCGCGCUGUCAUGGAGGCUCUCGGCUCAGUCAUGCAAAACAAGUACUCAGAAGGGUACCCAGGAGCGCGAUACUACGGUGGCAACGAGUACAUUGACAUGGCUGAAACACUUUGUCAGCAACGUGCUCUUGAGGCGUUUGGACUGGACCCUGCAAAGUGGGGUGUGAAUGUCCAAUCCCUUUCUGGUGCACCCGCGAAUCUCUACGUCUACAGUGCAUUGAUGAAACCUCACGAGAGGCUGAUGGGACUUGAUCUUCCACACGGUGGCCACUUGUCUCAUGGUUACCAGACUGACACUAAGAAGAUCUCGUCUGUAUCUGCAUACUUUGAGACACUACCAUACCGUGUCAACGAGAAGACGGGCAUAGUCGAUUACGACAUGUUGCAGAAGACUGCGACUCUUUAUCGCCCGAAGAUUCUAGUGGCCGGUGCCAGUGCUUAUGCGAGGAACUGGGACUAUCAGCGAAUGCGCAAGAUCGCGGAUAGUGUUAACGGGUACUUGAUGGCCGACAUGGCUCACGUUUCUGGUCUAGUUGCUGCUGGAGUCCUCCCAUCACCCUUUGAAUAUGCGGACAUUGUCACCACCACUACUCACAAGUCCUUGCGAGGACCGCGAGGGGCCAUGAUUUUCUUUAGGAAGGGAGUGAGAAAGGUCGAUAAGAAAGGCAAAGAAAUAAUGUACGAUCUUGAGGGCCCAAUCAAUUUCUCCGUCUUCCCUGGCCACCAAGGAGGCCCGCACAACCACACUAUCACGGCAUUGGCCGUCGCUCUUAAGCAAGCGAAGGGGCCUGAGUUCAAGGCAUAUCAGCAACAGGUCUUGCGUAAUGCCAAACAAUUCGAGGAAAGCUUUGGUGCACUGCAAUAUGAUAUGGUGUCCGGUGGUACCGACACACAUCUAUUGCUACUGGACCUUCGCAGCAAGAACAUUGAUGGAGCGCGAGUGGAGCGGAUUCUCGAAUUGGUCAACAUCGCUACCAACAAGAACACGGUUCCUGGUGAUAAAAGCGCCUUGAUUCCCGGUGGCUUGCGCAUCGGGUCUCCGGCAAUGACCAGUCGAGGCCUUCAAGAAAAGGAUUUCGCACAGAUUGCCAAAUUCAUUCACCGAGGAGUAGAAAUAACUCGCGAGUUGAAUGCUGGCGUUUCAGGCAAGAAGCUCAAAGACUUCAAAGAUUCGCUUGGAGAUGGAUCAAACGUUACGCAAUUACAGUCUCUCAAAAAGGAAGUCGUAGAUUUCGCGAAACAGUUUCCCACCGUCGGCUACGAACCAGCGGAAAUGAGAUACCGGUAGCCGAUAUAUACAGCUCUGACAUUAAUAAUACAGAAGCCACAUAUAGAGUUGACGUAAAUACACCCCGACCCCACCAUUUACUACGCCCAUGCUUUUCGUUUUCUUCGCCAUGAAGUUUCGUAGUUUACUGGCAGUGCAUCGUAGUCUUCAUUCGCGUUUCUUGCAUAUAGAAGGUGGGAAGCCUUUUCUAAAAAUUGAGUAAGGUUGUCCUCCAC